GCGAAAAACAAGGAAAAUGAGAAGCUUAAGCCGAGCAACUGCGCUCUGUAAAUCGAGCUGCUCACUCGUCUUCCUCAUCCCAUCAUCUUCACUCGCUCUGCCUCCCUCCCCUCGCUUCCGGUUCAGCUCGUUCGAUUCCACUUCUCCGUCUCGCUCCAAUCGCCAUCGCAUGGCCGCCGCCGCCGAUACUCCUCCCACCGACGGCGCCGCCGCCGCCCCUUCUCCUUCUUCCUCUUCCGCGGCUUCCGCCAUUGAUUUCCUCUCCCUCUGCCAUCAGCUCAAGACGACGAAGAGGGCUGGGUGGGUGAAGAGGGAUGUUAGGGAUCCGGAAUCCAUAGCUGAUCAUAUGUACAGAAUGGGAUUAAUGGGUUUGAUUCUUCCAGACAUUCCUGGCAUCAAUCGUGACAAGUGUGUGAAGAUGGCGAUUGUUCAUGAUAUAGCUGAAGCUAUUGUGGGUGACAUUACUCCGUCAGAUGGUGUUCCGAAGGAAGAGAAGAGCCGGAAAGAGGCCGAAGCAUUGGAUCAUAUGUGCAAACUGUUAGGUGGAGGGUCGAGAGCUGAGGAGAUAGCACAGUUAUGGAAAGAGUAUGAGGAUAAUUCUUCCCCUGAAGCCAAGAUGGUAAAGGACUUUGACAAGGUGGAGAUGAUACUUCAGGCUUUAGAAUAUGAAAAUGAACAAGGAAAGGAUUUGGAGGAGUUCUUCCAGUCAACUGCUGGCAAGUUUCAGACAGAUGUAGGCAAAGCUUGGGCCUUGGAGAUAGCAUCCAGAAGGAAAGGUAAGUAGCUGGAAACAGGAGCACAGUUAAAACUUGCAUAACCUUUGCUGACCUUGAGCCCAAAAGAAAAACACCCUGAGCUCUUACUUCAUGACCAUUCACUAGUUUUCUGUUACUCUCUUGUAUGCCUGAAAUUCUUCAAUACAAAAAAUGUUACUGUUUUAUGCAUCGUAUAAGAUUCAAUUCAACUGAUCUCACUUUGCUCCACGCACUACUUGCUACGAGAAAGCACACUCUAAAUACGCGAUUGGAGUGCGACCGAAGGUCUCAGUCCUCGAACAACCGGAGGGUUCACCGACGCAAACUCGAGCAGCUCCUCGUCAUUCUCCAGCAUACGACCAUCAUCUUCACCUGUAGAAAUCAGGAUCUCGACCGACCGGUCGAUAUCUUCGAUGAAAAUUACGUAAUUCUUUAUGAUCAAGUUGGUGAAGACGACCCAAGCCGGCUUCCCCCAGCCGAAGUCGAUGUCAUAGAGUCGAAACGACGAGAGCAAGCUGCUGAAGCUGUAGAUAUCCACGUCGCCCCUGGUAGUCACCUCCUGGACUUCCCUCACAAACUCGAUGAUCCCCUGCGCCUCCUCUUCGGCUAGUUUGUUCCCCUGCAUCAUAGGUUUGCCCGAUUCGACCUGCCCUGCUCUCAGGUUGCCCACCAAUGUCCGUGGCAAUGGUGGGUCGAGCUGCUGUCUCCAGUUCGUGGCGUGGAUGAGGAUGGACUUCUCCUGUUAACAUCCAACAUAAAUGGUGUUAACAUGUUCGCUCAAAGAAAGAAUCAUAGGAUCAGGAUAUUCUACCUUAUGACCUUGACGUCCGGCUGCGAUACGUUUGGCUCGGUUGAUCUUCAUCAACGACCUCCAAACGAUCGCAGUAAGUGCCUCGGACCGUGUUGGGCGCUCCACGGCGUCGCUAACACACCGAGCUUGGAUUCGCUUGAUUGCCUCCGACCCGAUCACAAACCGCUUUGUUGUCGCCCUGAUCUGCUCUCUUUGUGCCGGUGGUAAGCGAGGCAGGGGCACUGACAGGUCGCUCGAGGAAGGGACCAUCGAAUUGGAAGCGAAUGUCGGGUAGUGCUCUGCCGGAAUCGGCUUCGAAUUCUCCUUCGCAACUGCGGCGGCAACCCAGGCCCGGAUGAAGGCGAACAUGGAAAUGCCAUCGCCGACCUUGUGAGUCAUACUGAUCGCCACUGCCAGACCGCCGCAGGAGAAGGCGAGGGUCUUGAUCUGGCCUCCUACGUAGCGAUCCGCAGAGUUUAGGUCGUCGAUGGACAGGAAGCUGUCGAGGAGGUCGAGGUCCGGGCAGCGAAACACGAUGUCGGAGAGGGUACCGGCGACGUUGCACUCGACGAACUCGAUCCCAGCGUCGUUGCACUCGAUCACAUUGCUCGCCCUGAGCUCGCCGGCGUACGGGUAGUAGAGUGUGAGGGCAUCGGCGAGGGCGGAUUUGAGAAGGCCGGGCCUUGGAACGGUGACGUCCUGCUGACCGGCAUCAGGCGCCGGGUAAAAUAAGGUCAGCGGCGUGGCCAUGACGUAGUUUAGCUCGUCCAUUAUGGAGAGCUUUAGCGACGACUUCUCCGGUGGCGUUGGGGAGCUUGGCUUUAUCAUUUGCCUCGAGGUGACUUCAAUUUUCACGGCCUUGGCCAUCAUUGUUUAGUGUUUCAAUCACCAAUCGAUUUAACAAAAAUUCACUGCCUGUUUGAUUAUGUGUUUAGAUUGGCGAUAGCUUGUUUAAAUCGUGAAAUUAGGGGUUAAGUUUCAUUGAUUGUGAAUUUAACGAAUGGACUUCGAACUUCUAAACUUAAUUAGUGUAAGUUUCACAUAGAGAUGAUGAUGAUGAUGAUGUAUGUUACAUUAUUAUGAUAGC